AUGGGCUUCCUCGGCGUCUACAGAGCCAUAUACGACUACGCUCCUCAGUCUGAGGGAGAGCUGCAAAUCACCGAGGGUGACCUGCUAUACCUCCUCGAACAAAGCUCCGAGGAUGACUGGUGGAAGGUCAAGAAGAAGGCCAGCGCAGAAGAUGAGGAAGAGCCUGUCGGCCUGGUCCCGAGCAAUUAUAUCGAGCAGGCACCAUCCAUCGACAGCGCGCGUGCCCUAUACGAGUACACGAGACAGACCGACGAGGAGCUUUCCUUCACCGAAGAUGCUGUGCUCGAGGUGUUCGACACAUCAGACCCAGACUGGAUUCUAGUCGGCUUCAACGGCGACUAUGGCUUCGUCCCAGCCAAUUAUAUAGACAUGGCGGACGGCGCCGGGAACGAGCAACCAUCGCCCGCUCCCGAGCCAGAGCCAGAACCAGAACCUGCUCCUCCGAGCCUGCCCUCGAGACCUGCCGCCCCUCCCGCACCUUACGUCGAAGACGAGCCCAGCCCGCCCCUCCCAGCGAGGAAUCUUCCCCCAGAGCCAAGCAGCCCGCCCGCUCCCAACCCGGCCGCAGCUCUCGCGAAUGUCAUGGGUGCCAGGGCUCCAGAGCCCCCAUCCGUCCCUCGCGAGACUCCCCCUCCUCCCGCACUCAGCAUACAACCGUCGACGAGACAUGAAGAACAAUACGAGGAGGAGAUAUCCCCACCUCUACCGGCACGGACCCGAACCUCGACAAUCCAGUCCGCCAUGUCCAAUGACCGCACUGAUAGCUUGUCGCCGCCAGCGAGGCAGUCUUCAUACCGUGACCCAUUCCCGCAGUACGAACAACAAAGGCGACAGUCUGCCGCUGGGGCCCGCGAGUAUGAACCGCGGUCUCAAGACCUAUCGCCUGGUGGGUUUCACAUGUACAAUAUAAAUGAGAUGAUAUCCAUCAUGGGCAAGAAGAAGAAGAUGCCGACGACGCUGGGUAUUAACCUUAAGACGGGGGUUAUCCUGAUCGCUCCAGAGCACGCACAAGAUGGGCCAUCGCUGGAGUGGACUGGAGACAAGAUGACGCAUUAUUCUCGGGAGGGCAAGCACGUGUUCAUUGAACUUGUGCGGCCCAGCAAGAGCGUGGACUUCCACGCCGGCGCAAAAGACACAGCCGAGGAGAUCGUUGCCGCCCUGGGAGAGCUGGCCGGAGCAAUCCGUGCCGAGGGCCUGCGGGAGGUCAUUAUGGCUGGCACCGGCAGGGAGCAAAAGAAGGGUAAAAUGCUUUACGACUUCAUGGCCCAGGGCGAAGACGAAGUCACGGUAGCCGACGGCGACGAGGUCAUCGUCCUCGACGACAUGAAGAGCGAGGACUGGUGGCAGGUCCGAAGGGUCAAGAACGGCAAGGAGGGCGUUGUGCCGAGCAGCUACGUGGAAAUCACCGGAACAGCACCGGCUCAGCCGGCUUCUAUGACGGGUGUCAACGCGGGCCGGUCUACGGUUGCCCAGAACCGGCUCGAGGAGGAGCGCUUGACCAAAGAGGCGGUCAAGGCAGCUCGCAAAGAGGACGGGAAGCGUGCAUCAGAGCGGAAACGCGAGAACGGCCACAGUGGUAGCUCCUCGCGCUCCAGUAACAAGUCUAAACCCGACCCCUCCAAGGUGCGAACCUGGACAGAUAGGUCCAAAUCCUUCAGCGUCGAAGCCCAGUUCCUAGGUAUGAAAGACGGCAAGCUCAAUCUCCACAAAGUGAACGGUGUCAAGAUUGCGGUGCCCGUAGCGAAGAUGUCGGUCGAAGAUCUCGAGUAUGUGGAGCGAGUAACUGGCAUCUCACUAGACGAAGACAAGCCCCUGUCAGAGGUCAAGAGAGCCAGGUCUCAGCGGCAAGGCGCUUCAGCCGUCGGUGCUAGUAUCGAGCAACCCAAAAGGCCCGAGUACGAUUGGUUCCAGUUCUUCCUUGACUGUGAGAUCCAGCCUGGGCUGUGCGAAAGGUAUUCUCAAGCUUUCAACAGGGACAACAUGGACCAGUCCGUUCUUCCAGAUGUCGAUGCUUCAGUUCUACGAACUUUGGGUCUGCGAGAAGGUGACAUUAUUAAGGUCAUGCGGUAUCUGGAUAACAAGUAUGGACGCAAGAAGAUGGGCGACGAGGCACAGGGUGAAGGCGGUCUAUUUUCUGGGCCUGGAGGUGCUCUGAAGAACAACACUGGCAGAGCCCGCCCUGAGGCAAACAGGUCAGCCAGCGACGUUGUUGAUGGCAAGGCCCUUGGCGGAAGCGAAGCCUCCUCUCCUGCAGUGCUUACACCGGCUACGACCACAUCUGCCGUGUCAACAGGGAAGGCCGGCGGUUUUGAUGACGAUGCCUGGGAUGUCAAGCCAGCAAAAUCUCAGCCUGCGGCACCAACAACACAGACUGAGGCACCGCAACCGGCGCCGGCACCAGCCCCGGCUCCCGCUCAACCCGAACCUCUCAGGCCGGCUCUGACACCAGGAAUGCAAGAGCUAUCGCUCUUGACGGAGCCUUUACAGCCAACAAAGACGGCUACUCCUGUUCAGACCUCGCCGAUGAUUACGCAGCCACCUCCGGCAGCUCCCGCCGCCGCUCAGGUCCCACAGCUGACCGGAGCCACGCCGGGCUUCUUCUCCGGGUUGCCCAAUGGCCAGCAGCAGCAGCAGACCACACCGCUCUCGCAACAGCUGUCCCUCGCGAGGCAACGGCCGACUCCACCGACAGGCGUUCCAGGGCAGGCUGGGAUGAUACCUCCGCCUCCCGCGCGGCCUUUCUCUGCACCUCAGUCGGCACUGCCCAGCCAAUUCAAUCCUCCUCCGAUGGCGCCACAGGUGACUGGGCAGGUCGCUCCUCCAGGACAAAGCUUGCAGGAAAUCAACCAGCAGCGGAUGCAGCAACAGUACAUGCAGCAGAUGCAGUCCCAGAUGACCGGGUUCCCUCAGCAACAGCAACAGCAGCCUGGCAUGUAUCCUAUGCAGACGGGCAUGCAACCGCAACAGACGGGCUUCGGCCAGCCUCAGUUCAUGCAGCAACAGCCUAUGAUGACCGGGCAACAGAUGGGCCAGAGCCCCUUUGCCGAUCCAAGAGCGUCACAACAAUUCACGGGCAUGCAAACUCAACCCACUGGCUUCCAAGGGCAAUUCGGCCAGCCUGGCCAGCAGCAGUUCGGUGCUAACCCACCGGGCGGUGUCAACUCGUACCUACCACCAGCCAUGGAACCCCAGAGGACAGGAAUGCAACCACAGAUGCAGCCCAUGCAGCCCCAGCCUACAGGAAUGAGCUUCACCCAAGGCUUCGGGAACCAUGGCAUGCAACAGAACGGUCCGACGGUGCAGCCUCCCGCCGCCCCCUUGAUGCCACAGCAGACAGGACCGGCGCCACCAGUCCGCUUUGGCGUGGAUCCUGCGGCAAAGAAGAUGAUGCCUCAGCCAACGGGUCGUCGUGCAAAUCUAUCUGCUGCCACGCCCGACAACCCAUUCGGCUUCUAG